CAUUUCCGGAGCUUUAGAAAUUAUUCUCUUUACCGCGAGAGAAUCAAAAUUUUCUGUACAUAAUUAUUUAAAUCAGUAAACUUGAAAUCUUUCUGAUACAAAUGAUUUUGCAUUUUUUCGCUGAUUUAUAGACCCCAGCAAGCAACAUACCACAUUAUAGGAUUCUCGUUAGACAUUAAGUUCCAAUAGUUUUAUUAAGUUUUGAAACUAAACAUUUAAAUGAGAUGAAACAUCAAAAAAUCAAGUAAAAAAUAGAUAAUAUGUAUUAUACAUUAAUUUGAAAUCAUGGCUUUAAUAUGAAUUUUACAUCUAGAAAUGUCUUCAACUGCCUAUUUUUUCGACCCUGGCUAGGUGUGCCACUGGGGAUAUGGGUUGCUGUGUCUGUGGUUUAUUAUUGGUGGUUGAUAUCAAGAAUCGAUGUUUUGGAGACUGAGAAUAAGGUGAUAAAGAAGAGGCUAUCUCUCAACAUAGUGCCCCAUCAUGUUGCUGAAACGGAAAAUGGAUACUCAGUUCCACAGAUCCCAGAUGCAACAGGCACAUUAUGUGAAACAGUGCACAUAGCAUUGGUGUGCAUGGGCAAAUGUACCAGGAUCAUCACGCCCAUGCUCAAAUCCUUGCUGCAUCAUCGCCAGAACCCUCUACACUUUCAUUUUAUAGUUGGAACAGGCUCAGAACGUACUAUCAGUAAAUUGUUUGAUACCUGGGAUUUGCCUGAUGUAAAUUACACCUGCUACAAUGUCCAAGACCGUCUGGCAGAAGUUCGUUGGAUACCCAACAGGCACUAUUCCGGUAUCUACGCACUGGUUAAACUGCUGUUCCCAAGCAUACUACCCAAUUCAUUGAAACAAGUGAUUGUACUGGAUUCUGAUUUAACAUUCCUGUGUGAUGUUGCUGAGCUGUGGCAUACGUUUACGAAUAUGACGGAAGAGCAGUAUAUAGGCUUAGUAGAAAACGAAAGCAACUGGUAUUCGAACACCGAAACCCGCUGGCCGGCGCUCGGUCGAGGUUUCAACACUGGAGUUAUGUUGCUGGACUUGCAUAAAAUACGGAGAACCACCAACUGGACGGCCAUGUGGCAUAAAACCGUUAAAAUGAACUUGGACAGGUUGAAGGAAACCACGCUGGCUGACCAGGACGUCAUAAACGCCAUCAUCAAGAUGAACCCGUACAUCGUAUUUAAUAUGAGCUGCCAAUAUAAUGUACAGAUGUCCAUGCUGACGCUCGCGAAGAAUUGUUAUGGAGAGGAUGUCAAAAAUGUUAAGAUUAUCCACUGGAACUCUCCCAGCAAGUACAGCAUCCGAAUACGGGAUUCAGAUUACUUUAGGAACAUACACCAAUCGUAUGUCAAUUUUGAUGGUAAUCUGUUAAGGGAGAAAUUGCAUAAAUGUUCACAAACCGAGGUCGUCACUUACAAGAUGAACCAUUCAGACUUAUGUCUUUCCUUCCGCGCGGCGCAACGCAUCAAACUACGUACGCACGUGUAUUACAUGGACUAUAAUUAUAUGGACAUAGACAAUUUCGAUGUCACACUGGUAUUGCAAUUGUCUAUGGAUAGGUUGCAGUUUCUGGAGAGGCUCGUCAAACAUUGGGAAGGUCCCUUAAGCGCCGCUAUAUAUCUAUCUGACUGUGAGGUUACGAAAUUGGAGAGUUUCAUACGCGACUGGUCCUCAACUCUCAGCUCUAGGAGUAACAUCGGUUACCAUUUAGUAUUCAAACAUGAUACGUUACAUUACCCAGUGAACUAUCUAAGAAAUGUCGCAUUGGAGAACGUGAACACCCCUUAUGUUUUUUUAAUGGAUGCUGAUUUCGUACCGAUGGCGGGCUUGUACGACCAUUUGAGGACCGCGACCAAACUGAUCAACCCUUAUCCCCAAAAGAAGUGCCUUGUAGUACCAGCUUUCGAAACGCAAAGGUAUCGCGCGUCACCGCCUAGGUACAAAAAGGAGCUUCUAUCCCGUCUGUCCCUCCGGCAUUCUACAGGGGACGUGGCGCCCUUUAGGGCCCGAGAGUGGCCCAGGGGACAUCGGGCCACCAAUUACAACAAGUGGACCACAGCUACUGCGCCUUAUGAUGUCGAGUGGGAGUCAGAUUAUGAGCCUUACCUGGUAGUACAUAGGACCGUACCCAAAUUUGAUACGCGCUUUUCGGGCUUCGGAUGGAAUAAGGUGUCUCAUAGUGUUGAACUAAGGGCCAUGGGAUACAGUUUGGUGAUUCUGCCGGACGCCUUCGUGGUACACACUCCACAUGCGCCUUCACCUGAUAUCACCGCAUUUAGAGCCGAUCGACAUUACCGAAUAUGUCUCGAACUUCUAAAGCACGAGUUUCUGAACGACCUGAAAAGAAAGUACAACGUCAGCCUCGAUGAUAAUCUAAAAACUUAACAUGUAACACAAUCGCAUUUUUAUAUGUCCGGACCGAUUCAGUAUCUUUUCCAAAGAAUGCCAAAUUGUGGUGAUCAUGUAAAACACAUAAUUUGUCUAUGACAGUUUGUAUACUCAUCGCAAGUUGUAUGGAGUGUCAGUCGCAAUAGUUAAACAACUGUCAGAAAAUUCACUUACUAAUUGGGGCUGUAAACAUAAAGUGAAUUUGAAAUUAUACUAAAAACUGGAAAGUAUAGUUGUACCGCCAUUAUAACUUACUGGAUUCUGCCUCCGGUUUUUGUCACCAGGUGAUUGACGCCAUUUUGGCGCUUUAAGUGUGACGCUGUAAUAUGAGUUUCCAAGGAACUAGAAUUAGCAAUACCAAAAAAAACCAUCAUCGUUGAAGCGGUGCCUCGUGGUUGUCAUGUGUGUUUUUAAUUUAGGCAAUUAAAAUUUCACUUGCUUGCACUUGAAACAAAACAUCAUGAGGUAUCAUGAAGGUUAAGAGCCUAAGAGUUCUUCAAAACUGUCUCAUGUCUCUAUGUCAUACCUGGCUUCGAAUGAGGACAUAAUUUAACCUCUCGUCUGAUAUGAACACCUAGUAUGUAAAUAUAACAAAGUACUUAGUGUGAGAUUUUCUACAUACGUUUACAAAUUCGAUCGCGUGAAAGUUAAUUACGAUUUGUAUGAAAUCGAAAGAGCGCCAUCUAGUGACAAUAUCGUAAAAAUAAUAUAAACCUAAGUAGAAAAACUCACACUAGGCAACCAGAGGUCAGUAAUCAAGACAUUAUAAUUUGUUAACACACAUUUGGCAGAUUAGCGAAACAACGCCCAAGUCUCAAUUAUUAUUCUCACUCACUAAAAACUUACUCAAGGGUCCUGAAUAUACAUACCGAUGUCAUUAAAUUAUAUAAUCUAUGGAUGUGCUAUUCUAAAUAUGCUAUGGAAGUGGUGAUUCCCAGUGUUUAGGACCCUACCUAACCUAACCUUACCUUACAAAUGCCCGUUUUCACUAACGAUUGACAAGUCAAUGCUUAACUAACGCCUCAUCUAAGAAGAUUCCUAGGCAUUCAUUUACGUUUCACCAAUCGAUUUUUACUAGGUAAAUCAUUUACCCUAACUUGUCUAUGGUUCUUGCCACUAGGUAUUAUCAUAUUUUCCAUAUGAUCCGCCGAAUUGGUGUCCUAACUUAAGGCGGCGCCUAACUUUGCUAGACAUCACAUAUUAAUUCUAUAUAUUAAAUAAAUUAAAGUCUAUUAAUUAAACUCAAUGACUGACGUAGGUAUAUUAUUUUACAGUUCUUGGUAUUCCACACAUUAGCAAUUUUACAUAAUUUAAAAUGCAUAAAUAAAUAACGUGUAUAUACAUAAUGUACAAUCACUAGAAGACUAAUGUUUGUAUACCAGGCGUUUGCUUUUAUUUUUCAUGUUCAUUUGAAGGCCCAAUGUAGCUUAUAGUCCAUUAUUUCUCACCGUUCUUAAAAUGCAAACCAUCUUUACGUUACCUUUUUGUGAGAAUAUUUUUUUGAACACAUGCAAAAAUAUACAAAAACUUACAUAUACUCGUAGUUACAUUAAAUAACCAAAGACCAGUAACCCUUUUACUAUGAGAUUUUGUACAUUAUAGAUAGAAGAUUAAAGCAUUAUUUUCUUUAAGGUCAAUUUAUUAUAAUAUUUUGGGAUUAUCAGCACCAUUAAAAAAUAAAUUUGUAAAAGGCGGCCGAUGUGGUGAUAUCUCUUUUACACUAUAUACAUACGCCCUGAUAUUGUACGAAAGAGAUUUAUACAAACUUGUUAUUUAUUAGCGCGGGUAAUUUGUAUGUAAUAUAUAGAGGAAAGAAGAUGUAAAUAAAAUAGGUUUCUAAGUUUUUUUUUAAU